CUACAUAACCCUACAAUGCGAAAAUACCGAGCGGAAGCAAAAAUACAGCAAAAAUUUAGAUAUUGUCGCAAAACUUAAAUAAAAAUUAAAAAUAUCAAUAUAUAACGGUGUAAUCAUUUGCAAUCCAUUGCCGGAUGCCUUUUCAAAAUGGCGCACAGUGAAAAUUUUCAAUUAAACACAUUUCGCAGCUAUGUUUCAAUACUGGCCGAUAGCAAGGCGACGGAUGACAAAAAACUGAAAGCAGCCCAGGAAUUGAGUGAACAUUUUGAGGUAGUUGUCCAGAGUUCAUCGUAUCCAUCGUUUCUGGAGCAUUCGCUUAAGGCGUUUAUGCAUUUCCUGCAAGAUGGUGAGCCGCAGUUCAUACAAGAGUAUCAAGCUCAUCAGGUACGAAAAUUAAUUCUGGAAAUGAUACAUCGCCUGCCGAUCACCGAAAAUCUACGCCAACAUGUCAAGUCCAUAAUAUCGCUGAUGUUAAACAUCCUUCAAAUCGAUAAUGAAGAAAAUGUCCUGGUCUGCCUGCGCAUUAUCAUUGAAUUGCACAAAAGUUUUCGACCAUCAUUCAAUAAUGAGGUCCAACAGUUUUUGGCAUUGGUGAAGAAAAUCUACACAGAACUGCCCAAUCAUAUGAAUAAAAUUUUCGAGCCCACACAACAGAUAAAAAUCAAAGAACUCAAGGAGUUAAACAUGGAACAAUUGUUAUCAGAAACCUAUGUCAUUAAGACCAUACAUUUGGAAAAUCCCACAGAACCGGUUACCUAUCAAAUGUAUAACCUUUUGCCGCGAGGCAUGUUAUCUCUGAGGGUAUUACAAGAAUUGCCCAUUAUUGUGGUGUUAAUGUAUCAAAUCUACAAGAAUGCCGUACAUCAAGAAGUCUCAGAAUUUAUACCAUUGAUAAUGACCACCAUCAAUUUACAACCCUCAGCAGUACAUAGAAAUUCCCAAUUUUUCAACAAGGAAAUCUUCAUCGAUUUCAUGUAUGCCCAGAUCAAAACCCUCUCCUUUUUGGCCUACAUUGUAAGACUGUUCCAAGAGAACACCAUGAAUCAUUCAGCUUUGGUGACAAGUGGCAUAUUAAGCCUUAUGCAUUUGUGUCCCAAAGAAGCAGCCCAUCUGCGAAAGGAACUUUUGAUUGCCACAAGGCAUAUCUUUGCCACGGAUCUAAGACAAAAAUUCAUUCCCUCCAUUGAACGUUUGUUCGAUGAGGAUUUAUUGAUUGGCAAGGGGGUAACCUUGGACUCGAUACGUCCCUUGGCCUAUUCCACAUUGGCUGAUUUGGCCCAUCAUUUAAGGCAAAGUUUAAGUCUUGAUGUCUUGGAGAAGGCCAUUAAGUUGUUUUCCAAAAAUGUUCAUGACGAAUCGCUGGCCACCAGCAUACAGACCAUGUCAUGCAAACUCUUACUCAAUUUGGUAGACUGUGUAAGGCAACACAGUGAAAUGGAUCCUCUGAAGGCAAGGAAUUUACUAACAACCUUGCUAAAGGUAUUUGUCUACAAAUUCCAAACAAUUGCCAAAAUAACAUUGCCCACAAUAACCCAGAGAUUGAAAGCCCAGUCUGCCUCAGGCACAUCACCAGCUUCGAAUGCAACUGGUUUGGAGGGCAAGGAAACAGCAGCAAUUAUGGAUACUAAUGCAGAUUCAAUUGCCAAAAAUCAAUUGACGGGAAAUCAAAUGCUAUGCUCGCUAAAUAUUGUUGAAUAUCGCAGCCUGGUAAAAACAUUGGUGGGCGGUGUUAAAACCAUAACCUGGGGUUUUGUUAGCUCCAAGUCCCCCUCCGUUGAUGUUACCAAAAUAAAACAGGAGAAAAUAUUUCAACCCUACGAGGUUAGCAUCUACAUUGAUUUGGUGCACUGGGCCAUGGAGGCUUUAGAUAUUUAUUCCAUAAAUGCCGCAAAUCAAUUGAAAACAUCUGGUAAUAUGCCACGCACAAAGGAGGAGAAGGAAGUUCUGGAACAUUUUAGUGGCAUUUUCCUCAUGAUGCAUCCACAAAAUUUCCAAGAAGUAUUUGCCACAACCAUUGAUUUUAUGGUCGAACGUAUACACAAAAAUCCCUCACUGCAAAUUGUGGCCAAUUCAUUUUUGGCCAAUCCCCAGACUUCGCCAUUAUUUGCCACCAUACUGGUCGAAUAUCUAUUGGGUAAAAUGCAUGAAAUGGGUACAAAUGUGGAAAGAUCCAAUCUGUAUCUGAGGCUUUUUAAAUUGGUAUUUGGCAGUGUUAGUCUUUUUCCCGUGGAAAAUGAACAAAUGCUGAAACCCCAUCUCCAUAGUAUUGUUAAUCAAUCAAUGGAAUUGGCCUUGACGGCCGAAGAACCCUACAACUAUUUCCUUCUGCUUCGAGCCCUAUUUCGUUCGAUUGGAGGUGGUUCACAUGAUUUGUUGUAUCAAGAAUUUUUGCCACUUUUACCAAAUCUUUUGGAGGGUUUAAAUCGCCUGCAAAGUGGUUUCCACAAACAACACAUGAAAGAUCUUUUUGUGGAGCUGUGUCUUACGGUGCCGGUGAGGCUGUCUUCACUUUUGCCCUAUUUGCCAAUGUUAAUGGAUCCAUUGGUAUCGGCCUUAAAUGGUUCAGCAACCUUGGUUAGCCAGGGUCUCCGUACCUUGGAAUUAUGUGUGGAUAAUUUGCAACCCGAUUUCCUCUAUGACCACAUACAACCGGUGAGAGCUGCCCUCAUGCAAGCCUUGUGGAAAACGCUACGCAAUCAAGAUAAUGCUGCCUUGGUGGCAUUCCGUGUCUUGGGGAAAUUUGGUGGUGGUAAUCGUAAAAUGAUGACCGAACCGCAAUGUAUCCAGUACACAAAUAGCGAAAUCCAGCCCACAUCUGUUGUGGCCUAUUUCCAAGAACAUGAAAAACCCAUUGAUUUUCCCAUAGACAAAGCCAUUGAGACGGCCUUCAAUGCUCUCAGCUCCAAUGCCACGGAUUCAUUUUAUAGGCGACAAAGUUGGGAGGUAAUACGUUGUUAUUUGGCUGCCUCCAUAAAUCUGGACGACGAAAAACACACUCUACAGAAAUUCUUUUUACAUCCCAGCUUCUUGGAGAAUAACAUUGUCAAUGUGCCGGUAAAUCAAAAUAAAAUCGAAGACUAUCAGGCACGCAAGACCCUACAGAAUGCCUUAAUGGGAAUGUUUGUGGCCUCGGCCACCAAAGAUUUGAGGGAAUUUGUUUUUCCCAUAAUGGUGGCAAUUGCCAGACAUUUUACCAUGAUUGCCAUUGCCCAACAGGCCGGUCCGUUUCCGGUGAAACAAUAUUAUUCCUUGAAUGGCAUAGAUCCUUUGGUCUUGGUAGAUGCCCUGGCCAUUUGUAUGGGCCAUGAAGAGAAGGAAUUGUGUAAACCGGGACAACUUUGUAUGGGUUUGAUAUUGGACACGGCCGCAAAUAUUUUGGGCAGCAAGGAACGAGCCUGUCGCCUGCCCUUAAUGCAAUACUUGGCCGAGAAAAUGACUGCUUUGUGUUAUGAAAGGCCUUGGUACGCCAAGGUGGGCGGCUGCAAGGCCAUACAAUUCUUGUAUCAACAUUUCUCGCCCCGUUCCCUGUAUCAGCAUUUGUUCUCCUUUGUAAAGGCAUUUAUGUUUGUGCUAAUGGAUUUGGAGGGAGAGGUAUCGAAUGGAGCCAUCUACAUUGCCAAAACAAAUUUGCGUUCUCUGCUAGAUCUGUGUAUGGCACCCAAGGAACUCGAAACCAGCGAGGAAAUUACCGUCAUACGAACCAAGGCCACAUAUGAUGUGGUCCAUGAGUUGUGUAGGCAAGUGACCAGUCCCAAUGCCUUGGUACGGCAAGAAUCCAUGGCUUCGCUGAAAUAUGUUGCCCAGCUGCAAAAUCGAACCGUGUCCGAAGUAAUGGAUCCCCACAAAGAGGUAUUAGCGGAUAUUAUUCCGCCUAAGAAACAUUUGCUGCGUCAUCAACCGGUUAAUGCCCAAAUUGGUCUGAUGGAAGGCAAUACAUUUUGUACCACCCUGGAGCCCAGACUUUUUACCAUAGAUCUGAACAAUAACUACCACAAACUAUUCUUCCAUGAACUGUUAACCUUAUCCGAGGCUGAGGAUUCAACGCUCAUGAAAUUGGAUUGUUAUAAGAAUGUCACCAAUCUGGUGCCACUGCGGAUAAGUGCCCUAAAGGCCUUGGCCGCCUGCCAUUACAUUACCGACAGUCAACACAAAGAUAAAAUCAUAAAUAUCCUCUUCAAGUUGAUGGACCACAAGAAACCGGAACUGCAGGAGGCAGCCUUCCAGUGUAUGAAACGUUUCAAUGCUGGCAUACAUAUCGACAAAAUGGAGUUGAACAAUUACAUGCGUCCGCUGCUAAUGAUAUUGGGCGAUUACCGGAAUCUAACACUCACCGCCACAAAGAGAUUGUCGUAUUUUACCCAGCUUUUCCCUCACAUGUUCAAGGAGAAGUUCAGUGAGCAGAUACUUGAACUGUGUCGCAAUCUGCUGGAAAUGUCUGUGCAGAUCUGUAAACAAGGCCAACAGGGUGGUAAUUUCUUUGCUGCCAUACGAGGAGGAGAAUACGAACAAAAGGGAGUAUGCCUCAUUGAAAUGUUCCACCAGAUAACAGCAGCCACACCGAAAUACAUCGAGAAUCUCUGUCAAUUGGUUCUGCAAACGGAAAAGAAUCUAAUGAUCGAAUCAUCAUCACCCUAUCGGGCUCCUUUGCUGAAAUUUCUUUUACGUUUCCCCCAACAAACGGUGGAUUAUUUCCUAUCCGAUGUCUACAUUGUGGAUGCCCAGUGGAAUCGUUUCUUUAUCUAUCUGCUGAAGCACAAAGAUGGCAAACCCUUCCAUGCUGCCCUCAAGACAGCGAAAUGUAUUAAGGCCUUGAUACGUUUGAUAAGCUGUGGACAAAUCGACAGUUCCAUCAUGAAUGAUGAACAAAAACAAGAGGUCCAAGAGCAGGCCAUUAAAAUUGUCUACACAGUCAUGGAAUGUGAUGACCAAUGGAUUGCCGUCCAAACCGAUCUAAUCAAUUGCCUGAAACAACUGUGGCAAUACAACCUGAGCAACAGCUGCCAGGAGAAUGUCAUUAGCUAUAAAUGGCAUUUGGUGGGAAAGAUUCUGUUGAAAUAUUUCUCACACAAUACCAAUGAAAUUGAAUUGCUGUUCCAGCUGUCACGAGCUCUGUGCUUGCAUUUCAUUCCCGAUUUUUAUUUCCUGCGAGAUUUUCUACAAAACACCGUGGCCCAGAGUUAUACGGUCUACUGGAAACGUCAGGCAUUCUUUUAUUUCAUUGAAAAUUUCAACAAUGCCUCGCUGUCGGAAGAGCUGAAGGCUAAGAUAAUUACCUCGAUUUUGAUACCCUGCUUUGUGGCCAGUUUCGACAAGGGUGAGGGCAAUAAACUGAUUGGUGCACCACCCACUCAAUUCCAGGAAGAUGAAACAAAUAUUGUUUCCGUUUUCAUCAAUAGCAAAGUAUUUGAUCCCGAAAAGCCCUAUGCCAAGGAUGAUGCGGUGCGCAUUGCUUUGCUGCAGUUUGCCUGUCUGCUGGUGGAAAGGGCCUCCCAGCACAUACAUGAUGGCGAUGCCAAUAAUCGCAUACAGGGCAACAAGUUGCGCCGGCUCAUGACCUUUGCCUGGCCAUGUUUGUUGAGUAAAAAUUCUGUCGAUCCCACAGCCCGCUAUCAUGGCCAUUUGCUGCUGGCCCAUAUCAUUGCGCGCCUGGCUAUACACAAGAAAAUUGUACUACAAGUUUUCCAUUCGCUGCUCAAGGGUCAUGCCUUAGAGGCUCGGCCAGUUGUACGACAAGCUUUGGAUGUCUUAACACCAGCCAUGCCACUGCGCAUGGAAGAUGGCAACACCAUGCUUACCCAUUGGACAAAGAAAAUCAUUGUGGAAGAGGGUCACUCUAUGCAACAGCUAUUUCAUAUUUUGCAACUAAUUGUUCGGCACUAUAAAGUCUAUUUUCCGGUGCGUCAUCAAUUGGUUACACAUCUGGUGAAUUAUAUGCAACGUUUGGGUUUCCCACCCAAUGCUUCGUUGGAACAUAAAAAGUUAUCGGUUGAACUGGCCGAUGUCAUUAUCAAAUGGGAGCUGCAACGUAUCAAAGAGGAUGAAACGGAGAGCAAACUCAAUGCCAAUAUGGAUGAUGAAAUGGAUGAUAAGACGGCAGUGAAACGCAGUACCGGUGAUGAUUUUGCCGAAUCACAUCGUAAGAAAUUGAAUACCGAGGCUGCGGUGGUGGCCAGAACAAGUACUUCUGCGGCCUCGAUAAGCUCGAAAAUGGAUGAAAGCAGCCGUUCCAUUGGUAAAGUCCACUGUGAUACGGUGUUGAAUUUCCUCAUUCGUUUGGCAUGCCAAGUCAAUGACAAUCAGCCGAGUAUUUUGAAUUCGGGAGAUAAUUUAUCAAGAAGAUGUAUAAUUCUAUUGAAAACAGCCAUGCGUCCGGAUGUUUGGCCCCAGCCAUUUGAAUUGAAACUGAAUUGGAUGGAUAAAAUAUUCACCACCAUUGAAUCGCCACACACAAAUAUCAACAACAUCUGUACAGCGCUGGACUUUUUGACAUUCCUCAGUACGAUUAUGAAACCGGAACAACUGUUGGCCAUCAUAAGGCCCAUACAAAAGGGCCUCUCCGCCUGUAUCAUACAUCAAAAUACGAAAAUUGUUCGCCUAAUGCAUGGCUUGAUAACCCGCCUGAUGACCAUAUUUCCACCCGAUGCUCAGCAUAAAAAUGAAGAUCUGGAUAUUUUGUAUAGCGCGAUUAGUAAAAUGAUUGCGGACAAUUUGAAUUUCUACGAGAAGAGUCCGCAAUCGAAUCCAUCUUCUCUGCUGGGAACGCUAAUGAUUCUCAAGGCUUGCUGUGUCAAUAACCCAGACUAUAUCGAUCGUUUGAUGGUACAAUUUAUAAGGGUUCUAAAUCGUUUGACCAAGGAACACAUUGCCAUGCAAAAUAACGCCCAGGCCAUGAAUCCCUCCGUGGAGGGCAAUCACUUGGAAUUGUUGAUACUGUCGUUUGACAUGAUUAAGAAUCGCAUUGUCAUCAUGAGUGUGGAGGUGAGAAAGCUGCUGAUUGGUAACAUUAUUGUGAGUCUGAUUGAGAAAAGCAUGGAUGCCAAGAUCAUAAAGUGUAUCAUAAAAAUGCUCGACGAUUGGGUGAGGGUGAAGGAUCAAAAUAUUGUGGUACAAAUACCCUCGAUUCGGGAGAAAUCGGUGUUGUUGGUCAAGCUGAUGCAGUGUGUGGAGAAAAAGUUUUCGGAUGAAAGUGAAUUGCACAUACAGUUCUUGGAAAUGAUCAAUUAUAUAUAUCGCGAUGAACAUUUGAAACAGACAGAGUUAAGUGCGAAGUUGGAGGCGGCAUUCUUGACGGGGCUGCGCAGUCAAAAUCCCACGAUACGGGCAAAAUUCUUUGAAAUCAUUGAUGCCUCGAUGCGCCGACGUUUGCACGAUCGUCUGCUGUACAUCAUUUGUUCGCAGGCAUGGGAUUCGAUUGGCACACAUUAUUGGAUAAAACAAUGUAUUGAGCUGUUGGUCUUGACCGCCAAUACCAUGACAGCAAUACAGAAUUCCAACGAUAUGCACAAGAUUCCCAGCAUCACAUCCAUCAUCAAUAUGGCCGAUAAUGAGGAGAAGAGUCAAUUUGUCAUCUAUACCUCGUCACAAUCCGAUUGCAUGGAUAUGCCACAGAGUGUCGAUGAUAAGGAUGAGGAAUUCGAUGUGGAUGUAAAUUUGGAAUAUAUCAAUUCACAAAAUGAUCAACCGGACACGGAACGUCUGCUGCCGGCUAGGAAAAUGAAAAUAUGUAAAUUGAUCAAUCGCCAAAUAGAGUUUUUGGAAAUCAAUCGGAAAAUACGUACCGAUCAAUUGCUGGUGGCCACCUCCCAGCUGUGUCACAUGGACACAAAUCUAGCCGAAUCGGUGUGGUUGGCAAUUUUCCCCCAGAUUUGGAACAUAUUCAAUGCCGAUCAGCAACAAACCAUUAUCAAAGAAGUCAUACCCUUCCUGGCCUCGGGCACAAAUAUCAUACAAAAGGAUUGUGCACCCAGUGCCAUUAACACAUUUGUUGAGGGGCUCACACACUGUAAUCCCAAGAUUUAUAUACCGCCCAAUGUCUGCACGUAUUUGGGCAAGGCCCACAAUCUAUGGCAUCGCAUGACUUUGGUGCUGGAAGAAAUGGCCUCCAAGGUUAAUCCCAGCAAUCAAACAUCCUUUAUGGACUAUUGUGAUCAGCAACAUGAAUACAAUGGCAAUCAAAGUUCGGUUCAUGAUUCGCUGUCGCUCAUGUAUUCGGCCAUGCAUGAGGAAGAUCUGUGGGCCGGUCUCUGGAUGAAAUAUGCCCAAUAUGCUGAAACAAAUCUGGCCAUUGCCUAUGAACAAAUGGGUUUCUUUGAGGAGGCCCAGGGGGCGUACGAUUUGGUGAUGUCAAAGUUCAAAGAAGAUCUCUCCAAUGGCCAGUGUAAUUCGCACAUGAAUAGUGAAAUUGCCCUGUGGGAAAAUCACUGGAUACGCUGUGCCAAGGAACUCAAUCAAUGGGAUAUACUGCUGGACUACGCCCAAACCAAUCGUGAGCAGCACGAAAUACUUAUCAUGGAAAGUGCCUGGCGUGUACCCGAUUGGAAUCUAAUGAAAAAGGCUCUAAUGAAAAUCGAACAGGCCUAUUCGAAGCAGUAUGGUUACAAAGUCCAUUUGUAUCGGGGCUUUUUGGCCAUUCUGCAUCCCGACGAUCGCCAGUUGUCCAAUGUUGAGAAAUAUGUUGAAAUUGCCUCGGGUCUGUGUAUACGGGAAUGGCGUAGGCUGCCGCACAUUGUGUCGCACAUUCAUUUGCAAUAUCUCCAGGCCGCUCAACAAAUAAUCGAGCUACACGAGGCAAGUCAAAUCCAUCAGGGAUUGCUGCAAUCGCGCAAUACCUCAUUGCAUGACAUGAAGGCCAUUGUAAAGACAUGGAGAAAUCGUCUACCGGUCAUAGCAGAUGAUUUGUCCCAUUGGUCGGACAUUUUUACAUGGCGUCAACAUCAUUAUCAGAUUAUUACCCAGCAUUUGGAACAGCAACCCGAUCAGGGUAAUACCAUGUUGGGGGUGCAUGCCUCGGCCCAGGCCAUUAUCUAUUUCGGUAAGAUAGCAAGGAAACACAAUUUGACGGGGGUGUGUCAGGAGACAUUGUCGAGGAUCUAUACGAUACCGUCGGUGCCGAUUGUGGAUUGUUUUCAGAAAAUACGCCAACAAGUCAAAUGCUACAUUCAGACAGCCUCCUUGGCGGGGCGCAAUGAUCUAAACGAAGCCUUGGAAGUUAUUGAAUCGACCAACUUGAAAUAUUUCACAGCUGAAAUGAAUGCCGAAUUUUAUGCCCUAAAAGGUUUACUUUUGGCCAAGAUUGGUCGCACCGAUGAGGCCGCCAAGGCUUUCAGUGCUGCGGUACAACUUCAUGACGGUCUCACCAAGGCCUGGGCCAUGUGGGGUGAUUUUAUGGAACAUCUAUUCCUUCGAGACAAACAAAUCUCGUUGGGUGUCAGUGCUUUGACAUGUUAUCUGCAUGCCUGUCGUCAUCCCAGCGAAAGUAAAACCCGAAAAUAUUUGGCCAAGGUGCUGUGGUUCUUGUCCUAUGACAAUGCCAGCAACACACUGAUGAGUACUUUGGAGAAAUAUGUUGUGGGUGUGCCGCCAUCGUACUGGUUGCCCUGGAUACCACAGCUUCUGUGUUGUCUGGUACAAUAUGAAAGCAAUGUUAUAUUGAAUCUGUUGAGCCAUGUGGGUCGUUUAUAUCCCCAAGCGGUUUAUUUCCCCAUACGUACUCUCUAUCUAACCCUGAAAAUAGAACAGCGUGAAAAACACAAGACUGCAGAACAGGCCUCUGGUAGGCCGCAUAAUCAUCCCAACUUGGAAAAUAACAUGAAUCAGGUAUUCACCAAUACCUCAGCAGCCACGGGAUCCAAUUCAGUUAAUCCCAUCAAAGCCACACCUCCCAUGUGGCGUUGCUCCAAGGUAAUGCACGUUCAACGGGAAAUACAUCCAACCAUUUUAAGCUCCCUGGAGGGUAUUGUCGAUCAAAUGGUUUGGUUUAGAGAAAGUUGGACGGAGGAGGUGUUAAGGCAACUGAGGCAGGGUCUCAUCAAAUGCUAUGCCAUUGCCUUUGAGACACGCAGCACAGUGAAUGAGGCCACCAUUACGCCGCACACGUUACACUUUGUCAAGAAAUUGGGUUCAACCUUUGGCAUUGGCAUAGAAAACAUUCCCGGUUCGGUGGCCUCUUCGGCCUCGAAUUCCGCCGCCUCUGAGUCCUUGGCUCGUCGUGCUCAAGUUACCUUCCAAGAUCCUGCCUUCCAAAUGAUGAAAGAACAAUUUACACGAGAUUUUGAUUUCUCCAAACCGGAUGCCAUGAAGCUGCACAAUUUGAUUACCAAACUGAAAUCCUGGAUCAAAGCAUUGGAGAACAAAGUGAAAAAGUUACCCACCUCAUUUCUUAUCGAAGACAAGUGUCGCUUUCUCUCGAAUUUCAGUCAAAAGACUGCCGAAGUUGAGUUGCCCGGUGAAUUCCUUAUACCCUCCUCCUCCCAUUAUCACAUACGAAUCUCCCGGUUUAUGCCACGCGUGGAGAUUGUCCAAAAGAAUAACACAGCAGCACGUCGUCUGCAUAUACGUGGUACAAAUGGUAAAAUCUAUCCAUAUCUGGUUGUCAUUGAUACCGGUUUGGGAGAUGCCCGCCGUGAGGAAAGAGUCCUACAGUUGUUGCGCAUGCUUAACUAUUAUUUGGAAAAACAAAAAGAGACAACACGACGUUUCCUUAACAUCACAGUGCCACGUGUUGUGCCCAUAUCGCCACAAAUGCGUUUGGCCGAAGACAAUCCGGCCAGCAUAUCGUUGUAUGAAAUCUACAAGAGCACCUGUGCCAAAAUGGAUGUGGAACAUGAUUUACCCAUUAUGAAGUAUUAUGAACGUCUCUCCGAAGUGCAAUCACAGGGUGGCCAAAUAACCCAUGCAAUUUUAAGGGACAUCUUCCAGGAGAUACAAACGAAAAUGGUACCCAAAACGCUGUUCAAACAAUGGGCCGUCAAGACCUUUGUCUCGGCCACAGAUUUUUGGCAAUUCCGUAAAAUGAUGACUUUGCAAAUGGCCUUGGCCUUUAUCUGUGAAUAUGCCCUGCAUUUGACCCGCCUAAAUACCGAUAUGAUUUAUAUCCAUCAAGAUUCGGGACUGAUUAAUGUGUCGUAUUUUAAAUUCGAUAUAAACGACGAGAAGGAGGAGUUGGAUCACAGCCGACCUGUGCCGUUCCGUUUGACGCCCAAUAUUGCAGAAUUCCUAACCAACAUUGGCAUCUCUGGGCCCCUGUCGGCAGCGAUUAUUGCAACAGCCCGGUGUUUUGUACAUCCGAACUAUAAGUUAUGUUCGAUUUUGCGAACCAUUUUACGCGAUGAAAUCAUUGCAUUUCAUAAGAAACGAAUGCGUGACAAUAAGCCCAUGGACACCAUGGAAGAUACGGCGGCUGAUGCCAAUGCCACGGAAAACAUGAUCCAUUUGGUCAAUAAGUCUGUCAAUGCAAUCUUGAGUCGCUUGAACACAAUAUCAUAUUUUGAUAAUAUUGAAUCGAAGAAAAUUUCAUUACUUUUACAACAGGCCACAAAUCAUGAUAAUUUGUGUCUCAUGGAUCCGGCAUGGCAUCCAUGGUUGUAAGUGGCUGUCAUUACAACAUAGAGAAGAGGAAAAAAAAAAGAAAGAGACAUCCAUAAAAAAUGUGUCGCUUUUUUGUAAUAAUUUUAAGACUUUUCAUUGCGUUGAAAUAAAAAAAAGAAGACUUGAAAAAGUAA